CUCACAAAUACUGGCUGAGGAAGAAUUUGGUUAUGUGCCCUCCAAGGUCAGGGCAGCCCUCAAGUACCCUGCUCUUGAGCUAGCUGGCUGUGACGCUCCUACACUUUGUGUGCCUGACCGACUUGUUUGACAACGUCUGUGCUAAACCAAGUGACAUGUAAGAUGGACAGCUAGGAAAUGUCAUCAGAAAGUUAGCAUUAUUCUGUAGCUCUGUGUGCUACAUGUAUUUACAUGUAGUCCCUCCAUGUAAAAAUCUAAACACAGAACGCAAUAUCUGCAUCAUUGUAGUUUGCUACAAUUUAUUGCUCCUUGUUGAAAAUCACAUUUUCAUCAGAGUCGAAUGCUGAAGUUUUAGACAUGCUUGGCCAUGUUGUCUUGGGGAAAAUUGUAUGUCAGCUGUGAGGAGUAAACCCAAGGUUAGUGUUGGCAAGGAGGGGGCUAAGGCCUCUGUGUACGAACUCUGUAGAGCCUAUCUUCAGUUCUCAAAACAGGACAGCUCUGUCACCUAGAGUCCCGAAUCCACAACGACGACGACACGGUGGGUUCUCCCUCACCAUGAGGGAAGAGGAGAUAGAAACUGCCAUCAAGGUGGUGGUUGUUGGCAAUGGAGCAGUUGGAAAAUCCAGCAUGAUUCAGAGAUACUGUAAGGGAAUAUUUACCUCAGAGUAUAAGAAGACAAUUGGUGUAGAUUUUCUUGAGAGACAAAUUGAAGUGAACGCAGAGGAUGUGCGUCUGAUGUUAUGGGACACUGCUGGACAGGAAGAGUUUGAUGCCAUCACAAAGGCAUACUACAGAGGUGCACAAGCAUGUGUCCUGGCAUUUUCAACUGUAGAUAGGGAAUCAUUUGAUGCCUUGGAAACCUGGAAGAAAAAGGUGGAAGAUGAAGUGGGAGAAAUUGGGAUGGUUAUUGUACAAAACAAAAUAGACCUAAUUGACGAUGCUGUUGUCACAGUGGAAGAGGCUGAAAAUUUAGCCAAAAAGUUGAGUUUGCGAUUUUACAGAACUUCUGUGAAAGACAAUUUAAAUGUAGAUGAAGUUUUCAGGUAUCUAGCUGAUCGUUAUCUAAGUCAAGUGAACAUGGUUAUAGAGAACGACACCAUAUUGCCACAAAAAAUUGGACCAACUUUAUCAGAUUCCAGCCAACACAAUGGUUCCAGCAAGUCAGCAAACAAGCACAAUGAUACAAACAACACAAUAUCACUACAACCGUCCCGACGACGAACACAUGGAAAGAAGUCUCCCUUUUCUGCUAAAUGUGUGAUAUUAUAGCUCUCAGACCCAAGAACAACUCAGACUGGAGAGUGACAAC